CUAUCGAUAAAGAAGACCUAGUGCAACAAGCGCUGAUGUUUGGUCUGUUUACAGAUUUUACCCGGUAGCACGCUCAACGUAAACAAGUAUGAAUAACGACGAAAGCAACGAAGCACCGUACGUGGUGGAGAAAGUUUUAGAUCGUCGGAUUACGACUGCUGGCAAAAUCGAAUACUACCUCAAGUGGAAGGGUUACUCCGAUGCGGACAACACUUGGGAGCCCGACGAGAACCUAGACUGUCCGGAGUUGAUUGCAAAGUACGAGGAAGCCCGCAGAAUGAAGGAAUUUAAGGAAGCAAAGAAAAAGUCCGCCAAAAAGAAGCUGGAGGAGAUUAGCAAACCGCGAGGCUACGAAAGGGGACUGCCACUGAACCGCAUUGUCGGUGCUACCGAUUGUGGCGGUGAACUGAUGUUUUUAAUUCAAUGGAGUGGAUGUGAUGAAAUGGAUAUACUGCCAGCGGCUGUCGUCAACGUGAAGGAUCCCCAAUUGGUCAUUCAAUACUACGAAGGGAAGAGUAAAAUCGUGGAAAAAGCAAAAGAGCGUGCAAAAUUUGCUGCCUACGAGGAAGAGCGACCGGAUAGCAGCGAACACGAUACUGUUCCCGGAACGGAGAUUCCAAACGAAUCACUGGAGCAGAUUUUGGAAGUUUAGAAAAUAAACUUUUCACCAACUUUUAUCAUAACGCUAAUAAACUUUUACUAAAUUAUACCACA